AUGUCUGAGGGGACAUACCAGCGGCUCUGGGUUUCCACGCAUCAGACUCUACAAAAGUUGUUGUUCCAGGAGCAGUUCCCGCCAGACCCGGUGCCUGACCGAGAGCGAGGCUCCUUCAUCUAUAAGCUCUCUUCACUCUUCCUGCACUACCUGGGCAUGAUGCGGCAGCUAGACAUCAUCUAUGACCAGAUGGUGCAACCCCAGAAGCGGCGGCUGGUCCGCCGCCUGUUGGAUGGGGUGGCUGGGCGGAUUCUGGAGCUGAAGGAGGAGAUGGUGCAAGUCGAUCUAUCUGAGUACCACUGCCUGGACCACGUGCUUCAGGACCUAAAACUCACACCGGCUGACCUAGAAGUCCCAAUUCCCAAGUACUUCAUGUUGGAGCAUGGGAAAAUGCUCCAGGACCGGGAGUCAAUGAUAGAAGAUAUCCUGGAGAAAACUGGGCGAAAGGAGAGCAAAGGCGAUAGGCUAAUUUUAAACCAGUGGGAUGCGAUAACUUUGAUCCAACGCGCUGAGCGAGCCAGGCAGGGCCGCCUUCGGGCCAAGUUCAUGAGAGAGCUUCGAAAGGAUGAAGAACGAGAGCGAAGGGUUCGGGGAAAGCAAGCGGUUUGAGUCAAUAAAGAUCGGGCAGCUCUUAUCAUACAAAAGAUUUGGAGGGGUUACCUUCAGCGGAAGCACACUCGUCAGGAGCGGCUAGUAGAAAUGGAAUUCAUCGGCAUGAUGCCUUCUGCCAAUGAGGCUGAGUACUUGUCAACCAUGAAACGGGCCCAAAAUGGGGAGGAACUGCGCCGACAGCGCCAGAAAGAGAAGGAGCUGGAAUACCAGGGGGCAAAAGAGGUUGGAGAGCAACUCAGGAUAAAGAAGGGCCCCGACAUACAGGAAGAGAUGAAGGAACAGAUCCGUCAGUGGUUCAUCGAGUGUCAUGACCUCACUGGCCAGUUCCCUGAAUUUCCAGAUGAAGAGAUAGGUGGCUCUCGUGUAAUCUUUUCAGACAAGACCCCGCAACAGGUGAAAACAGAAAUGGACCUUGUGGAUGAUGAAAAUACCAAAAAGAAGGGGAAAGAAAAAACAUCGAAGGAAAAGGAAAAGGAGAAAAAGAAAAAGGAGAAGAAAGGGAAGGAAGAGAAGCCUAGGAAGGGGGAGGAAGAAACUAUGUUGAAAAUGGCACCAUCCAAAUUCGUGCCUGUUCUUAAUGAGGGACAUGAAGAGUACAAGAUCAUGUGGGAGGCCCAACCAGUGCCCAUGCACCCCAAUCAGAAUUACGAUGGGAGAUGGUGGGAGCAGAAGAGGAAGGAGGUUGAAGCAGAGAUCCGGAUCCAGGUAGACAAACUGAUGCGUCAAGAGCUGCAGACCCUCCGCCUAGCUGUAGACAGGGAAGAAACGAGACCAGUCAAAGCGAAGGCCAAAGCCAAGAAAGGGAAGAAAGGCAAAGGGAAGAAGAAGGACAAAGAUCUGACCCCAAACAGAUCCUUGGAAUCUCUGUAUGAAGAACUGGUGGAAGAGGGCUUGAUCAAGAAGAGUGAAUAUGUGAAACUGUCUGAUUACAUUGGUGACUACUUAUAUCUUGGGUCUGCUUUGAAACUGGGAAACAGGGAACCAAUGCCAUCCCUAUUCGACUUGAGGCAGAAUGUAAUUCUGUAUGGGGUCCUGCGGCUUGGCUCUGCUGAAAUACAUACCAUGGCUCCCCAUGUCCGAUCCAUUCUCCUGGCUGGUCCUGCUGGUACGGGGAAGAAGAUGCUGGUCAAUGCGGUUUGUACAGAGACUGGAGCUAACCUGUUUGACCUAUCCCCGGAAAACCUGGAAGGAAAAUACCCGGGCAAGUCAGGGCUGCAGAUGAUGAUACACAUGGUCUUCAAGGUGGCUCGACUCCUACAGCCUUCUGUGAUCUGGAUUGGGAAUGCUGAGAAAACAUUUUAUAGGAAGGUCCCAAAAGAGGAGAAAGAGAUGGACCCCAAACGGGUAAAGAAGGACCUAGCAAAGGCUGUGCGCCUGCUGCGUCCUGGUGACCGAGUGAUGCUCAUUGGAACAUCAGACCAGCCACAGAUCGCUGAUAUCAAGGGGCUGUGCAAAACAUACGAGAGGAUCCUGAUGGUGCCCCAGCCGGAUUAUGCCACCCGCUACCUCCUCUGGAAGCGUCUGAUUGAGCAGUAUGGGAAGUCCUUACUAAACCAUGUGGAUAUCAGCGGGCUGACCAAGGUUUCCGAUGGCUAUACCCCUGGAGACAUAACUUUAGCUGUCCAGUCUGUGAUGACUGAGAGGCGGAAGAUCCAACUGACCAAACGGCCUCUGACACCCUAUGAGUUUCUGGAGUUUCUGGCCAAGAUGGACCCAGUAUAUGAGGAGGAGGAAGUGUCACUGAAGGAUUGGUACUUUAAGACUCCUCUGGGGAAGAGGCAUUUGAAAGCUGCUGAAGAUCGAGCAGAGGAGGAGGCGGCAAGAUUGGCGAAAGAGAAGAAGAAGAAGAAAUGA